AUCGACUAGACCUCUAUCUAUAAACACGUCAUGUACGUUACAAGUUGCCUAAGCGUAGAACAGCAAUGGCGAAUCUCUCGCAAAAGGCUUUUGGGUGGGCGGCGACUGAUACCUCCGGGGUUCUCUCUCCUUUCCACUUUUCUCGAAGGGAAAACGGUGCUGAUGAUGUUACAAUCAAAAUACUGUACUGUGGAAUUUGCCACUCUGAUUUGCACACUGCAAAGAAUGAAUGGGGCUUCACGAAGUACCCUGUAGUCCCCGGACAUGAAAUUGUUGGGCUUGUGACUAAAACUGGGAGCAAUGUUGAGAGUUUCAAGGUUGGUGACAGAGUUGGGGUUGGAGUGUUAGUGGGCUCCUGCAGAACAUGUGACAUCUGCCAGCAAGACCUGGAGAACUACUGUCGUAAAAUGAUAUUCACAUACAAUUCCACCGAUAAAGAUGGCACAAGGACAUAUGGUGGUUAUUCUGAUAUAAUCGUUGUUGACCAGCACUUUGUGCUUCGUUUUCCUGAUAACCUUCCAUCAGAUGCUGGUGCACCCUUAUUGUGUGCUGGGAUCACCGUCUACAGCCCAAUGAAAUACUAUGGAAUGACUGAGCCGGGGAAGCAUUUGGGCGUGGCUGGACUUGGUGGACUUGGCCAUGUUGCCGUUAAGUUUGGAAAGGCUUUCGGGUUGAAAGUUACUGUCAUCAGCACUUCCCCCAAAAAAGAAGCUGAAGCCAUCAACAAGCUUGGUGCUGAUGCUUUCCUUGUUAGUUCUGAUCCUGUUCAGUUGAAGGCUGCUAUGGGCACAAUGGACUUCAUCAUUGAUACCAUUGCUGCGGUCCAUCCCUUGGCCCCAUUGCUUGAUCUGCUGAAGAUGAACGGGAAACUAGUUACAGUUGGCUUGCCAGAUAAACCACUGGAGCUACCUAUUUUUCCCCUAGUAUUAGGUCGGAAGCUUGUUGGUGGAAGUGACAUUGGAGGCAUGAAGGAGACGCAAGAGAUGCUGGAUUUCUGCGGGAAGCACGGCAUAACUGCAGACAUUGAACUGAUACGGAUGGAUUACAUAAACACUGCCCUGGAACGUGUCUCCAAAUCUGAUGUCAGGUAUCGAUUUGUGAUCGAUGUGGGCAACUCCUUGGCUAGUCUUUGAGUAGCAAUAUCAUGUUUAGCUGCUGCUAUCUCUACAGAACUAUGUUUGAAACAUUUUCACAGGUCUUAGUAUUCAGCUAAUUGAAGACUUUAACAAUGUUUGAUCUCUGCAAGUUGAGAUGAUUGAGUUGAGCUAAAAGAAAUCUCCAGUUUGUUUAGGGAGAACAUUGUGUUCUGACUCCUCUAAAAAUUUUAACAAAUAUUAAGAUAAAUUACAACA